AUGGAGAAGAUAACGCUUGCCGCACCGACGAGUUUCUCGAUACCGAAGAAGAAAAGAAAAGACGGUGAAACGCCGCCGCCAGUACGAGCACCAGUACCGGAGCCAGAAUCGCGACCAAUAUGGCAAAAUGUUCAUCCAAACAAUCCGCCAUUUGCAAAACUACAUGAAAUUCUACACACUAAUUGCUUUGACCCAAAUGUUCGACUUGCAAUCCACGGAGCUAAUCUACUAAACAAUCCUUGGCUCAACUAUCGAUAUGCGGAAUACCGCAAAAGACUAAAAGCCAGUGGGCAGCCAGACAAAGAAGACAUUGCUUUUUUGCAGAUCUCUAAGUCAAUUGGAGAGCUUACACAUAUUGCCGAACAUGGUGUACCUGUUGGUACAUCGCUCAAUGAUCAUUUGGGCGACAGUGAAAAUGGUGUUUAUCUCUCGACCAAUGUUGAUUUGGUGGGCCCACAGAGUUUCUUGGUCAGUACCAAGAUGGGGAUACCAAGGUCAUACGUGAUUCGAGUCGUAAUAUGCAAAAUAUUGAAGGGAAAAGUAAAUAUGGUUGAACCAGACUCAAAGAAUUUGAAGCCGACUUUUGGUUAUGGUUGUCAUAUGGCAAAGCCAACAGGAAAUGACGAGAAUAAACAAGACUAUUUGGAACUAUAUCGUCAACAACUGAUGUACGUGUAUGAAAUUAACGAAGAAGUUGGGGAAAUUGUACCUUUUGGGGUCAACGUGUUUGGUAUCAAAGAGCUUGAGACUGAGCUGGCGCCUGCUGGAAUUCUGCCGUAUGCUUGCGUCGAUGUGGCUGUAGAUUUUACAGUGUGGGCCAAUAAAAAGCUACGCAUUCGAAGGUUUGAACUUGCAAAUUCUCCUUUCUACACUGGAAGAAUCUUUAUUAUGGAUGAAAUGUAUGCAGUCAACUUUAUAGCAAUCAAGGACGAGUCUUGGAAACCACUUGGAAUUGCUCCAACGCUAGUCGUGAAGGACUUUGUCAGAUGGAAGAAGGCCCUUGAAAAGGCACCACUAUUGGACUUGAGUCAAAAUGAAUUUGGUGCGACGAUCAAUAACAAAGAGAUUCAGUUACCCAACGGCUUGUUUGUUACUUACGCCGUAUUAUCUCCGUUGGCAAUUUCUCCCCAAUUCACUACGCUUAUUGAAACCUUGACCACAAAUCAAGUUAUUGGCUUCUGUGCUUCAACGGAAAACGUGCAAAUUUAUCUAAUCCCGCCUGGAGAGCUUGCCAAUCAUUUGGGUCUACCAUCACACAUUGAAUCGGCUUUUCAUCUAAUUGUUGCUCAACCUCGCUCAUUCUUUGGUUUGCAUCGGGAAACACUUGACCAACGAAUGUUGGCACGCCGUCGUCCAUUCCCCGACGAAAUCCUUCAAGGAUUUCAUCAUCAGCUAAAGGAUUACAUCAAUGAAGAAUUUCGUCAAAACAUAAAUAGUCCAUCCGGGAUGAAUGCUCACUAUCGAUCAGAAAGAAGUUUAUCACGAAACACUCAAGAAAAUUCACAAAAUAUGCGUAUUGAAGAUCAGAAUGUGUCGAUGAUGGAUAUAGAUGAUGGGCGUACUGAAUUCGAUGGCCCGGACGAAUCAGAACUGCGUGCUGAAGAUGCACCAAUGGUUUCGAAAGAACGCUCGUUAAUGAGUGAAACGGAUGCUAGUGAGGGCGAGAGAUUGGACAAACGAGAACGGGAAACUGAUGGAAAAAGUGGAAAGGACGAUCGUACACAAAGGUUGAACAGGCGCGAACAGUUGGAUGAACGAGAUCUUGAAACGCAGAAAGAUGUCUCAAUGAGUAUCUCGGUAGACGCCGAAGGGUUGGGUGAUCGUGUCGCGUCUAUGGACCCGAGAAAGCAUUCGUCUCAACGUGCCAUGAACGCUACACACUUCAUUGGUGAUCGUGAUGAUAAUUCGGAUGACCGAGACCGAUUGAUUGACAGAGAACGUGAAAUGCUUGAGAAAGGUGAUCGUAAUGAUGGAUCGCUUAGACCAGAUCGGUUGACUGACCGAGAACGUGAAAUGCGUGAGAAAGAUCAGCCGACGUGUUCAAGAGAACGUUCAUCAGAGCAUAACGUGUCGACUCGUAGAAAAGAUGAUUGGAUUGAAAGAUCAAACGAAAGAGAACGUGAAAGGCAUGAUAAAGGUGGAAGAGAUGACAUUCGUGAGAGAUUGAAUGGAAGGGAACGAGGAAGAAAGCACAAGAAUGAAAGGAAGCGGCGGCGUACCUCAAGGGAAUCCGAGAGAUUAUCAUCAGAUCAAAGGAGCGAGAUCGUGAAACAGGUGCAGAUGCACCUAUACGUGACCAAGGCGAUGUCGAAUAUUUUUCGGAUCUAUCUUCAACGAAUGCUAGAGAACAUGUGUGGGACAGGAAAGAAUGUAAAAGUGAAAAGGAUGAACGAGCCGAAAGAAUGGAUGAAUGUGCCAUGUCGACCGAACGAGAGCGCGAAACGGACCAACGACUUU